CCCGGGCAGAUUGACGGGGAGGAGCCGCCCCAAGGACCGACCCGGAAGCGCCGGGGAGCGGAGAGCGGGGCCUACACCUUGCGCUGCGCACUCAGGCCGCUCCAGAAGGGCUCCGGACGCACCCCCAGAGCGAAGAGAUGGCGUUUGUGAAGAGCGGGUGGUUGCUUCGGCAAAGCACUAUUUUGAGACGUUGGAAGAAGAACUGGUUUGAUCUGUGGUCUGACGGUCACCUCAUCUAUUACGAUGACCAGCUGCGGCAGGACAUGGAGGAUAAGAUCCACAUUCCGGUCGACUGCAUCAACAUCCGAAUAGGAAACGAAUGCCGGGAUCUCCAUCCUCCUGAAGGGAAACCGAAGGACCGUAUGCUGCAGAUCGUUUGCCGAGACGGGAAGACUAUCAAUCUCUGUGCAGAAAGCGCUGAUGACUGCUUGGCUUGGCGAUUUGCCCUUCAAGAUGCCAGAACAAAUACAGGAUAUGCCGGUUCAGAAGCCAUGUACGAUGAGACUGCCGUAGCUUCCUCUCCUCCUCCGUACACAGCUUAUGCCCCACCGUCCACUGAGGUGCUUGGUUAUGGUCAGUAUAAUGGCGUAUACCCUCCAGGAACCCAAGUCAUCUAUGCCUCUAAUGGACAGGCAUAUGCCGUACCAUACCAAUACCCAUAUCCAGGACCGUAUGGGCAACCCCCUGCCAAUCACGUGAUCAUCAGAGAGCGCUAUCGCGACAACGAUGGAGACCUGGCUCUGGGCAUGCUUGCUGGAGCAGCAACCGGCAUGGCGCUGGGAUCGCUUUUCUGGGUCUUCUAGGUUUCUUGCAACCUCUGUCUUCGUAGCUCCAAAAACCUUUAUUUAUUUUUUUUUGUGUGUGUGCGUGUGCAAUAAUAAUAUAUUUUGCAAAGUACUCCUGUUUUAUUGUAAAGAUUUUUAAUAAGACAAUUCCAAUAGUAGUUUUUUAUUAGUGACAUCUCAAUUGUAAUUAACCGGUGAUAAAUAUCACAAGGAAGGAAUUUAAGUGCACCGUUUAGGUGAAAUAUGGUUGAAAGGGGCACUUGCUCAUUUCAGGAGAGCUCUUUUAUGAAGCUCGGUUACAUAAGAACGACUUAUAUGAUCUCAUCCAUUAUGAAGAGCAUUAUCAUUGUAGUGUUCAACGCAGAGCGUUAAGUGGUACGACUUUGUCACCCGUUUUAGGAAUAUACUGCUAAUGGAAUGAUCCUCGUACAAGUGGUUAUUUCCAGCAACGGAGGGCCCACUUAAUCCAACGGUUAACUCUCAAGCUUACGUGUUAAGUGCAGAACAGAUGAAGUGAGGUAAACUGUGCACAUUACUGAAGUCCCUUGGUGGUGGAGUUAUUCUGAAAGCAUCCCACAGAAUCCAGUAGCCUGCACCUCCGGUAUCCAGUGUCAUUGAACUGGUGACCCUGUUUCCUCCCUAAAUGCGAGUGAAUUUAUGAAUUCUAAGGGUCGGGGAUUCCUUGCAGAACGAAUGUUUUUAUUGAGGGGAAUCCCUUAAUAGGGAUUAGGGAACUGCACCUAAGAAGAAACCUCGGAGACCUGAAAAACUGCAGCAGGUAUUUUCAGGGCAUGUGAAAGAUGACAGACUCACUUAAUUGGUUUGUCACCUUUAGGGUAGAUCAUAUUAAAAGUCCAGGCUGAUUUGGCUGUUCUGCUCCUGAGUCAGUUAAAGCCACCCGUUCUGUGCUGAGAUAGAGGAAAAGAAACGUUGGCGGACUUGGGUUUUGCCUUUUGCUCCCUGACCUUUUCGUAGGGCCGGGAUAGGAUACGGCCAUUGGCUUCUCCAUUCCUCAGUAGGAAAAAGAACAGAAACCCCUCAGUUCACGGCAGGUUGGGAGAAGCAUGUGAGUCCUUGGUCAGGUUACCAGUUAGGGGGUUAGGAGCUUGCUCAGUCUAGAGAGUUGAGUUUGGGUGGGAGGACAAGGUUAAUUGGAAAAAUGGAGGAGGCGGGAAAAAUGAGUGAAAAAGAAGGCGGCCCUCUAUGGAACUUCCUGCCAGCUGCCUUCGCAUUCUAGCAGCUGACAUACUUGAGCAUAGCCUUGUCCAAAGUGGUCUUGUUUAAUCCCUUUUGAAUUUCUUUGACAGAAGAUUUUUAGGGGUUCUCCUAAUGACUUGCCACUCUGCAGCAUAUUCUUCGCUUCCAAAUGGCAACCCGAUGUGCUUGAAAGCUCAAUUUUAUUCCUUCGCUCGUAUUUUGACUGAGGAAGGGAAGCCACCAGUGAGAUAUGCAUUGUCAUUUAGCAAUAUUUAUUGUACCUUUUACAAUGGUAGAAUUGCCUCGUGUAUAGAAGACACUUCUAUUUUUCUAUUUCGGGUGUUAACUCUAGUCUUAAUUUUUUUGGCGAGUUUGUGCUUUCACUUGCAGCCUAAUCAAAAUCCACGAGUUGGGAAAGCUGAACUGUGGCAGAAAAUAUUCAAGUAGAUGGAAUUGGAGGCAUGUUUGGAAAAUGAAAGCAACUGAAGGCUUUCUGGGGCUCUUUGAAGCAUUAUUUUGUGCAUAUGGAAGUGUUAUGGAUUUUUCUAUCUUUCUGAAAGAUUUAAACAAGUUGAUGAGAUGAUUACAACUUUCUUGACUCCAUUAGAAUGAUGUUAGUCGAAUGUUAGUUUAACAUACCUAUAGUUAGCAAUUGAAAGACUGAGGAGCUUGGAAUUCUGUGAUGAAUUCUUCCUUAAGGGUAAAGUAUUAUAACGAGAGUAGUGCUCCACUAGAAUAUGGAUGGGGAAAGGACUUAAAGGAAUAAAAUGCCUAAGUGAUAGAAAAUAAGCCCAGGAUAUAUUUUAAUUCAUUAAAUUGCUCAAACACCUAUUUAUCUCCAUUUUCCACGAUAUGCCUACUUGCCUACUCUUUAUAUAUGAUUGAUUUUCAUUAUGAUAGCAGCCCCGUGUUUUCUUCUUAGCUCUGUGAUAUGACUAGCAUUGUUAAUAUUCAGCUAUUCCGUGAUCCUGAGGGCCACACUUUUAGAAAUGUAUCAAACCUGCUAAUCUGUCCUGUUUUCUGUAAAGCAUUCUUUCAAAUAGUCUGGAGAAGUAUAAGGUAUCAUAUUUCCCAGAGUCACAUUCAGAUCCAUUCAUGAUUCUUUUCUACUUUAUGUGGCAAAAUGUCCCAUGAUUUUUCUACCAGCUAAUUCAUAUCUGAUGCAAAAAGCACUUGGGCAACUGAACUCCAACCAAACCUCAAAAUUUGCUAAUUUGCUACCUCCCACAAGCGUUUGCAGGGUCAGAUCCCCUUUAAAUGAAUACUUAGUGCUAAAAGGAAAUACAAGCUGCCAUGUAAAUUUUUCUCUAAUGAAGAAUACCAAUCAUUUAGAAGCGGAGUGUUCUAGGCUAUUACCUAGCAUGUUUUGGUUGCUUAGAAAAUAUUGUUGUUCAUCCUUACAAUUUAACAACCGUAGCAGAGAAUAACGCCUCUAAAGGGAUAAUCAUUUGAUCACUCAAAAGAGUUAACAUAGACCCUAGAGUUUGAAACAAGGUUGAAGGGAUUUUUGUAUUAUGAAGUAGAAUUGGACCCCAUAUUAUUGCCCUAAUGUUGGAGGUAUAUGACUCAAAUGACCCUAAAUAAUCACUAGAUCUUUAUAGUUACACCACUCCAGAGAGAGAUCACGUCAAACCCUUUCUAAUCCCUUCUGGACCUAGUUGGAAGAAUAUCCAGUGAUCUAGACUAGAUCUGGAUUAUCACCUCAAUCUGAGAACACUGGUGUGAAGCUUUUUGAUAAAUCUAGGGAUGAGUUGCCCCAAAAGUGUCAUCUGGUUCCUCCCAGAGCGAGUGAGCCUUUUUUUUUUUUGGUUGAUUUAGUGUCUGGGCUCACACCCAGUCUCAUCUGCUCUGUGGGAGUUUCUUAGAAUAGUAGAGAUUGUGAUGGUAUUGUGAGGAGGCGUGGCCUGACUGUUGUGGUAAUUGUGUGAUCAGAAUUGAAUGUGCAAAAAAUUCGUAAAAUGGACAACUCAUUCAGUAGCUUUAAAGACUACCAUCUCUAAAACAGUAGCCUCUAAUGCAUCGUGAGAUGCUGCAUCUCCGAGGUUUUCUUUCCAAAAGGAUGAAAAAUUAGAGGUAUUGAUGGUCCAGGAAUGUGAAGUUUAGGUGCUUAAAAGGGUUCUUUUUCGUUUACUUUUUUUCUUUUUAUUUAAGAAUUAUGCCUAGGAUGAUCUGUCUCAUCUGUAACAAUCUAUGCUGCUUUAUUGUUUGCUCUGAUACUCUGGCUCUUUGGUUGUCUUCAGCUAGCUGAUAAAGUUGAGUGAGUGAAGGAAAAAUUACUCACUGUAUUUUUAGACUUCCUUCUUUUUCCCGUAGAAUAGACAGUAAAUGAUCUAAAUGGUGAAAAUGCUUACCCACAAGGCAAAAUGUCUGUUUUAGGCCGUAUCAACUCAAGCAAACGGAAGUGGAGAAUCGAAGCAAUUAUUUGGAUAAUUCAGGCUAUAGAGGGGAAAAAAAAGAGCUUUUGAGGGCCUAAUUGACCAAGAUUGGCUGGCUCCAUUGACCAGACUAUCCAGAUAAUUGCUCAGCUCUCCACUCUAAUUCUCCUGCAGAGCUUGAAUAAGCAGUCGAUAUAAUUUUUAUUUGUGACUGUUGUUUCCAUCUCCUGCUUUUUCCUAAAUGCUGUGUCCAUUUUUUGUCUCAAUACAAAUCUACAUUUAUAGUGAAAAUGUUCUUUAAUAAAGUUAUUGUUAAACCGCA